AUGAAAUCAGAGGGCCAUGCUGAGCGAGCCCUGCCUUUACUGGCCCUGGGAAAGCUGGCCUUGCCUCCUGUUGAACAGGUGAUUCUUCAAGGUCCUCCUGAUGCCACAUGUGAGAAUGUCCACAGGGAAGCAGAAUCCAGAGCAAUUCUGAAACGCCAGCUAGAAGAGAAAGAAAAGCUGCUAGCCUCAGAGCAAGAGGAUGCGGCUGUUGCCAAGAGCAAACUAAGGGAACUCAACAAGGAGAUGGCUUCAGAAAAGGCCAAAGCUGCAGCUGGGGAGGCCAAGGUAAAAAAGCGGCUGGUAGCUCGGGAGCAGGAGAUUGCAGCUGGGCUCUCAUUCCCUGCCGUCCUGUCCAAGUCAGAGUCUCCCAAGGAGCCGGCACAGCUGCGGAAGCUCUUCGUUGGAGGGCUGAGCUUCGAAACCACCGAGAGUCUGAGGAGUCAUUUUGAGCAAUGGGGAACACUCACGGACUGCGUGGUCACGAGAGAUCCAAACACCAAACGAUCCAGGGGCUUUGGGUUUGUUACGUUCGCCACUGUGGAGGAAGCGGAUGCCGCUAUGAAUGCGAGACCCCAUAAGGUGGAUGGAAGAGUCGUGGAACCCAAGAGAGCUGUGUCGAGAGAGGAUUCUCAGAGACCGGGUGCCCACUUAACCGUGAAAAAGAUCUUCGUUGGUGGUAUUAAAGAAGACACGGAAGAACAUCACCUGAGAGAUUAUUUUGAGCAGUAUGGGAAGAUUGAAGUGAUUGAAAUCAUGACUGACAGAGGCAGUGGAAAAAAGAGAGGGUUUGCUUUUGUCACCUUUGAUGACCAUGACUCUGUGGACAAGAUUGUCAUUCAGAAAUACCAUACUGUGAACGGGCACAACUGUGAAGUAAGAAAAGCCCUCUCCAAGCAGGAGAUGGCUAGUGCUUCGUCCAGCCAAAGAGGUCGAAGUGGUUCUGGAAACUUCGGUGGUGGUCGUGGAGGCGGUGUUGGCGGCAAUGACAAUUUUGGUCGAGGGGGAAACUUCAGUGGUCGUGGUGGCUUCGGUGGCAGCCGUGGUGGUGGUGGAUACGGUGGCAGUGGGGAUGGCGAUAAUGGAUUCGGUAAUGAUGGAAGCAAUUUUGGAGGUGGUGGAAGCUACAAUGAUUUUGGCAAUUACAACAAUCAGUCUUCAAAUUUUGGACCAAUGAAAGGAGGAAACUUUGGAGGCAGAAGCUCUGGCCCUUAUGGUGGUGGAGGCCAGUACUUUGCUAAACCACGAAAUCAAGGUGGCUAUGGUGGUUCCAGCAGCAGCAGCAGCUAUGGCAGUGGCAGGAGGUUCUAAUUACAGCCAGGAAACAAAGCUUAGCAGGAGAGGAGAGCCAGAGAAGUGACAGGGAAGCUACAGGUUACAACAGAUUUGUGAACUCAGCCAAGCACAGUGGUGGCAGGGCCUAGCUGCUACAAAGAAGACAUGUUUUAGACAAUACUCAUGUGUAUGGGCAAAAAAACUCGAGGACUGUAUUUGUGACUAAUUGUAUAACAGGUUAUUUUAGUUUCUGUUCUGUGGAAAGUGUAAAGCAUUCCAACAAAGGGUUUUACUGUAGACCUCUUC